UCCACCUGCUCCUUAGAGAAGGGAAGAUGAGCGAGUCGAGCUUGAAGUCCAGCCAGCCCUUGGCCUCCAAGCAGGAAAUGGACAGCACUGAGAAGCGGGGCCGGGGCAGGCCCCGCAAGCAGCCUCCGGCGAGUUCCGGGACAGCACUGGUAGGGAGUCAGAAGCCCAGUGAAGUGCCAACAUCUAAGAGACCUUGGGGCCAACCAAAGGGAAGCAAAAACAAGGGAGCUGCCAAGACCCGGAAAACCACCACAACUCCAGGAAGGAAACCAAGGGGCAGACCCAAAAAACUGGAGAAGGAGGAAGAGGAGGGCAUCUGGCAGGAGUCCUCAGAGGAGGAGCAGUGACCGUGUGUGCUGCCUGUGCCUCACUGAAGGAGCAGCUUCCUUCUGGGACUGGACAGCUUUUGCUCAGCUCCCACCGCCCCCGCCCCUUUCC